GCCACGAGCAUUUGACAUUUAGUCACUGUCAGCGCUAGAUAUUUCUCGUUUUUGACGAGAGAAAAUACUUUUUUAUUUGAUACAAGGUACAUGGUGCUAUAAGACUAUUCAUACAUAACAUUAUUUAUUAAGAAUCCAAAAUGUCCGGAUCAGCACACAGGCACCGAUACAAGAACACUGCUUUGGACAGCGUGGAGCUGCGUAGGCGUAGGGAGGAAGAAGGAGUGCAGCUCAGGAAAGCCAAGCGAGAUCAGCAGCUCAACAAACGACGGAAUGUUAACGUUAAUCAAUUUCUACCCGACGAGGAUCCCCUACAGCUGGAAGGUGACACUUCAUCGCCUGCCAGUCCAUGGAUAACGCAAGACAUGAUCCAGGAUUUGUACAGCAACGAUCCGGAAUUGCAAAUGUCGGCGUCGGCGAAAUUUCGAAGGUUGCUGAGCAGAGAGCCGAAUCCACCUAUCGAUGAAGUGAUACAAACGGGAAUCGUGCCGAGAUUCGUCGAAUUUCUGCAAAAUUCGUCCAAUUCAACGCUACAAUUCGAAGCAGCAUGGGCGCUUACAAAUAUAGCUUCCGGAACGUCCCAGCAGACUCGUAUGGUGAUCGAUACGGGGGCUGUUCCUAUAUUUAUACAACUAUUAGGAAGCAGUUAUGAAGACGUUCAGGAACAAGCAGUUUGGGCUUUAGGUAAUAUUGCGGGAGAUUCUGCCGAGUGUCGUGAUCAUGUACUUGAUUCAGGAAUACUAGUACCACUUUUACAAAUACUUAGUACGCAAACCCGUUUAUCGAUGAAGCGAAACGCCGUUUGGGCCCUUUCUAAUUUAUGCAGGGGCAAAAAUCCGCCGCCCGAUUUCUCCAAAGUGUCUCCUUGUCUGCCGAUACUGUCGCGAUUGUUGUUCCACACCGAUUCCGACGUCCUAGCCGAUACAUGCUGGUCGUUAAGUUAUUUAUCCGACGGUCCUAACGAGAAAAUUCAGGCCGUAGUCGACGCCGGAGUGUGUAGACGCCUGGUGGAAUUGCUGAUGGCCCAAGCGCCCAACGUGGUAUCGGCUGCGCUCAGAGCGGUGGGUAACAUCGUCACGGGCGACGACGUCCAGACUCAGGUGAUUCUCAAUUGCUCGGCGUUGCCGUGUCUGCACCAUUUGCUGUCUUCGACCAAGGAGACGAUCAGGAAAGAGGCUUGUUGGACUAUCAGCAACAUCACCGCCGGCAACAGACAACAGAUCCAGGCGGUCAUCGACGCCAACAUAUUUCCCAUACUGAUCGAAAUAUUGAGCAAAGCGGAAUUUAAGACGAGAAAAGAGGCGGCUUGGGCGAUCACGAACGCCACCAGCGGCGGUACGCCCGAUCAGAUUCGUUACCUCGUCAGCCAGAAUUGCAUCGGACCGUUGUGUGAUCUUCUCACCGUCAUGGACGCCAAAAUCGUUCAAGUGGCGCUCAACGGUUUGGAGAAUAUACUGAGGUUAGGCGAUCAGGACGCCAAAUUGCGAGGCGGCACCAAUCCUUAUGCCGUUAUGAUCGAAGAAUGUUACGGUCUGGACAAGAUUGAAUUCCUCCAAUCGCACGAGAACAUGGAGAUCUACCAAAAAGCGUUUGACAUCAUCGAGCACUUCUUCGGUACCGAGGAGGAGGAUUCUAAUGUAGCCCCUUCGAUAGACACGGAUCACCAACAGUACCAAUUUAGCUCGGACGAGGCGGUGCCCAUGGGGGGUUUCCAGUUUUGAAUUAAAAAAAAAUAAUCAAUUUACGUUUAAUUUAAAAAAAAAAGUGCCCAUAUUGAUAUUUUUAAACCGACAGGAUUGGAAAGAGAGAGAAUGAGAGAGAGAGAGAGAGAGCAAGAGGUGAAUGUUUCAAAAUUUCAACUCUGCUCUUUUUUUUUUUUAAUAGUAUAAAUCAAAUACCGAUGGGUGACGAGAAGCGCUGUGAGUUGGUAUCAAAAUUUGAAUAUCGAUUGGGAAACCUCACAUUAAGAAUAAACUAUAUUAUUAAUUAACCCGGAAAAAUACAUUAGUUGAGUUUGUAAUUUUAUUUUUGUGGCGAAAUUAGUGCGUUCUACUCUGAAUAGUAGUAAAAAAAGUUAAAAUUACAGUAGUAAUAUAUAAAUGUAUCGAUUUUUUCUAGUGCUUUGAAAUAUACAAAUUAUAAUUUUAUGUAAAUUUCGUUGUUAAAUGAAUAAAUUUGUAAUUUUUUUAAGCAUUAAUUUCGUUUUACUGUUUUGGCAUCGACGAGUUUAUGAAUAAUAUUUUACAUUAUUAUUCGCGAUGUGUGAGGUUUCUUCAUAACUUACCUACUAGAUUGAAUGGUGUAAACAGAAAUAUUUUAUUUAGUGAGACAUAAAUUGUCAAUUCCAAGAUCGUUUAUUUUCAUUAGUUUUUAAGUUUACAUUUCGUAUGAUACACAUGGGCCUACUAGUUUUUAUUUUAAUUCUUUUCCAUAUUCGGUGAGUGUUUUAUUAUGAGGCUGACGACAAAACGAAUGAAUAAUAUGAUGAAAAAGUCCACUUGAGUUCAGAAUAAUAGCGAGUGAAUGUAAUAAAAAUGUCGACUGAAAGAUUAUUGGCGAAAUAUCGGAAUGUUACUAAGCGAAAGAUGUGAGUUAAUCGUGUUACCUAAUUGAAAAAAAAUAUAGUGUACUUCAUAUAUGACGUUUAUAGAUGAGUUGACAAAUGACAAUUGGCGUUUGCGCUGUCUUCAAUGUUAAUUUCGUACAAGUUAUCAUUUUCUGUAGUAUAUUUUAGUUUUAUUUAACAAACUUUUGUUUAUUUCGUAUUUUAGUGGUUCUUUAAUAUUCCGACGGCCGUAUAUAAACUACUGGACAAAAUUAACGCAACAUCAUAAAUUUGUCACAUUUUUUAUGCUAUUUUUUGUUUGAAUUUAUGAUCCGAUUUGGAUGAUUUUUUUUUGUAUUAUAGGUUGGUUCCU